GCCGACUCGGACAGCAGCUUCGAUUGUGCCACUCGCAACACGGGCCAUGUCUCUACACUACGCCCUUCCCGCCAGAGGCGCUUCUAUGUCGGAAUGCGAGACCGAUGCUCAACUGCCCCGAGGCGGGCCUGCAAGGUACCUCGGAUCAAAUGCGAGGAAGCACGGCUGGGCGAUCGAGGCGCGACCAGUCGCUCUGUCCGUGAUGCGGGACGAGAGCGGUUCAAUCUUCGCACGCGGACCUCGAGAUGCCGUCCACGAUGCAGGAAGCUAGAGGUAUCAUGGCCGAACAUGAUGCACAGCCAGUUGAUGUGGACCGCGUUAGUACCUGCCUCACCGGCCGAGUACGACUGUAUGGUGCGUGGUAGAAGGCAUGUUACAACCAGGGUCGUCAGCCAGCGCCCUCAGCGUGAUCGGUACCCUGCCUUGAGGCCGGCGGCGGUCGUUUGAGGGCCAGUUGACUCCCUCUUUACGCGACGCUCAUCAGUUUCAAGAGCAUGAUGGGCUCACGGUCUGAAAAUUACCUCGCAAUACACGCCGCCGCCGCUAUCGCCGUGUGCCGAGGUAUCAGGUUUUUUUUGCAGGCAUGAAUCGAACAUUCAAAGAUGAUGCCGCCACCAGGACGGUCGUCUUCGCAUCC